AUGGCUCUCUUACUCCUCAAGGGCAUCGGCGCCCUUAUAGCGGUAACCGCUUUGACCAGUGGUCCUGCUGCAGCAGCAGCAGCAGCAGCAGGAGGCAGCAACAGGAAUGAGUUUCCUUCUGCUUCGAACCGUCCCUUUGGCUUGAGAGGAUCUCUCUCAGGACUGCGUCCCGGCAGCAGCGGCAGCAGCAGCAGCAGCAGCAGCAGCAACCUGGGCGGCGGCAGCAGCAGCAACCGCAACAACAUAAGCUGGGCUCUUGAUGAGCCCGCUACUAUAGAGCUAGCAGCAGUUGCUCUCUCUAGUAUAAACACCUUCUGGCUGUCUCUCUCCCCAGCAGCACGCGAUGAGCUGCUGAAUGAGGUCAGCAGCAGCACCAGCAGCGGCUUAGAUAACGUUGGAGACAGACUCUCUAACCUUAUCAACAGCAGCAGCGACAGCAGCGGCAGCAGCAGCAGCAGCGGCAGCAGCAGGCCCAGCAGACUGCCCGGGCAGCACCUCAGCAGCCUCCUAGCUAGCAGCCGCGGCAGCGCCAGCCGCAGGCUUACAGAGGACGCAGCUUUGCUGCGUGUGCUGCAGCGGCUCGAUGAGAGCAGCAGCAGCAGCCUCAGCAGCAACAGCAGCAGCGAGAACGGCAGCAUCAGCAGCAUCAGCAGCACAACCACUGCUAGCCCCCUUUCUCUUGAGGAGCUCAGCAGCAGCAGCACCCUUGCUGCUUCUCUUUUGGACGAAUCUUCUUCUGCUGCAGCAGAACUUCUCUCUACGCUGCCAGCACUAGCAGGCGACAGCAGCAGCAGCAGCAGCAGCAGUCUCCUCGACAGCAGCAGCAGCAGCAGCAGCAGCAGCAGCACAGAAGAAGGUUCUUCUUCUGCUGCUGAUGAAGAUGCAGCUGCCCCGGCAGUGCUUGACAUUGAGCUGAUAGAAGCAGACACAGACGGCGACCUCAGCAGCAGCAGCAGCAGCAGCAGCAGCAGCGAAGCAGAGAACAACGCUCUAUCUAAGCUGCAGCAGCAACUUGGAGAAUUAGAUAUUAAUGAAGAAGAAGCAAUACUGGCGUUCCGCGCAUUCAUCCGCAGAUACAAACAUUACAUACAACAGAUAGAGCAGCAGCUGCAGCAGUAUGUGGAUAGCGGUGCCUUUGAGCAGCAGCUGCAGCAGCUGAGACAAGCGAUCCGUGAAUACGAGCAGAAGCACAGCAGCAGCAACAGCAGCAGCAGCAGCAGCAGCACGGAUGAUGAUGACAGCAGCAGCAGCAGCAGCAGCGAUGAUGAUGAUGAUGAGGAGGAGGAUAGCGACGAAGAAGAAGAAACUGCAGCAGGACAAGGAAUCAGAGAAAGCAGAGAAGAAAGAGAAAAAGAAAAAAUAGAGAAGAGAGAAGAAGACAGCAGCAGCAGCAGCAGCAGCAGCAGCAGCACUUCUACUGCAGCACCAGAAGAGGGAGCAGCAGCUUCUUCUACACUCGAAGCAGAACACCUCAGCAGCAGCAGCAGCAGCACUGAGGAAGCUGACAGCAGCAGCAGCAGCAGCAGCAGCACAGAAGCAGCAGAACACCUCGGCAGCAGCAGCAGUGCAGCAGCUGAGGAAGAAAGCAGCAGCAGCAGCAGCAGCAGCAGCAGCACGGAAGCCCCCCGCCGCCGUCUCAGCGCAGAAGAAGAAGAAGAGAGAGAAGAAGAAGAAGAAAGCAGCAGCAGCAGCAGCAGCAGCACCACAACAGCAGCACCUGCAGAGCUCUCCAGCACCCUCGCUGGCAUCCUCAGCAGCAGCAGCACCGAAGCAGCAGAACACAGCAGCAGCAGCAGCAGCAGCAGCAGCACGGAAGAAGCAGAGCACAGCAGCAGCAGCACCGAAGCAGCUGAGGAAGAAAGCAGCAGCAGCAGCAGCACUGAAGCAGCAGAACACAGCAGCAGCAGCAGCAGCGUUGCAGCUCGCCGCCUAGGAGAAGAAGAAGAAAGCAGCAGCAGCAGCAGCAGCAGCAGCAGCAGCACUUCAACUGCAGCACCAACUACAGUUGCUGCUGGCUUCCUCGAGAGCAGCAGCACAGAAGCAGCAGAGAGCAGCAGCAGCAGCAGCAGCACCGAAGCCGGUGAGCACAGCAGCAGCAGCAGCAGCACCGAAGCAGCUGAGGAAGAGAGCAGCAGCAGCAGCAGCACCGAAGCAGCUGAGGAAGAAAGCAGCAGCAGCAGCAGCAGCACCGAAGCAGCAAGACGCAGUCUGCGUGCUGCAGAAGAGAGCAGCAGCAGCAGCAGCAGCACAACAACAGCAGCACCAGCAGCAGAAGAGGAGUCUACUACUCUUGCUGCUAUCCUCCACAGCAGCAGCACCGAGGAAGCUGAGGAAGACAGCAGCAGCAGCAGCACUGCAGCAUCUGAGGAAGAGAGCAGCAGCAGCAGCAGCACCGAAGCAGCAGAGAGCAGCAGCAGCAGCAGCAGCACAGAAGCAGCUGAGAGCAGCAGCAGCAGCAGCAGCACUCACACUGCUUAA